AGAACCCAUCAAAAAUACCUUGUGUAAUGAAAAACCCGGAUAUAUAAUCUCUCCCUAUAUAUUCUGCAUGCAUUGAGGUAGCCUCAACCCCCCCCAGGGACCCGAUCCAGUGGAGCCUCUUUCAUACAACUGCUACUCGAAGGGGAAAAAAGGAGCAAAUGAUACCAAGACAAGCUCAUAACAGAGAUCUAAUCGCCAGACGUGUACGGAUGAAAACACAGUGAGAUGAGUCAGAAAACGGUUAAGGAGGGCCCCAGACUCUCCAAGAACCAGAAGUUUUCGGAGCACUUCAGCAUACAUUGCUGCCCGCCAUUCACCUUCCUCAACUCCAAACGGGAGAUCGUGGAUCGGAAGUACAGCAUCUGUAAAAGUGGCUGCUUCUACCAGAAGAAAGAAGAGGACUGGAUCUGCUGUGCUUGCCAGAAGACCAGCACCAGCCGCCGGGCAACGUCCCCUCAGAGGCCCAAGCAACAGCCAGCGGCACCCCCCGCGGUGGUCAGAGCACCGGCCAAGCCACGGUCCCCUCCGAGGUCCGAGCGUCAACCGCGCCCCCGCCCAGAGGUCCGACCACCACCAGCCAAGCAGCGCCCCCCUCAGAAGUCCAAGCAGCCGCCGCGCAGCAGCCCCCACAGAGGGCCGGGCACCAGCCGUGGGGGGUCCCCCAUCAAAGCUUCUAGGUUCUGAUUGAAAAGGAGGAGCAAGCCGACCCCACGGAAGAAGUGAGGGCGCAGUUUCAAGCGAAUGGACCACCUCAGCACCUGGACUCACUGCUUCUUGACCCCCGUGCCCUUGGGCAAGUUAUCUGGCUUCCAGUAGGAUGCAGGGACAGACACUGGCUGAUGUGGCAACAGCUGAUGCCCACAGGCCCCUCGGUGCGGGGGCCGCCUGGAGCCUUGUGAAGAUGUCAUCCUACUGUCUUCUGACGGCCAAUGGGAAAUACGUUGUCAGUCUGCCUGUCCUUCCAUUGACUCAAGUUUCUUCAAUUUGAAGAUACAUAUCUUUCUUCAGGGAUGCAUGAAAAAAAAGAGAGAGAUUGUUGUAUAACCAUCAUAAUGGCAAAAAUUAAAAAUUAUCAAGUGUUGGCAAAGAUUUGGGGAAAAUUCUGAUAAGCCAUCGAUGAAAAUUUAUAAAUUAUCGUGGUACUUCUGGGGUGCAAUCUGGGGAUGCUAGCAAAACAGGAUAUUGUAUAACUUAUGAUCAAGCAAUUAUUUUAAAAAAGCAAUUAUAAUUUUAGGUACGGAUCCUGGAGAAAACUUGCAUUUAUAGGAAAAGGAGGCACACAUACAGCUGUUCAGCAAAGCCUUGUUUGCCAUUGGCAAAAAAAAAGAGAGAGAAAGGGAAAGAAAUUAAUAAAAAUGUCCACUAAUAGGAGAAUGAGUAAAUCAAUGAUGGUAUGUUCAUAAAUAAAAUUUUGAACAGCAGUUAAGACAAAGUGAAACAUAUAUACCUACACCAGAUAAACAAAUUUGGAAGACAAAUGAGGAAUAGAAAAAGCAAAUAGUAGAUGGUAAGUGCAAUCUGAUGCCCUCUGUGUACUUUUUAACCACCCAGAGUACUAUAUUUCCAUAGUAAGCAGAAACCAUGAGCUCUCAAAUGCUCUCUAUAAUGGAAUCAACUUUUAAAAAAUGACAACAAAAUGAAAACCUAUCCAAGAAAUAUCCAAGAAAUAUCCAAGAAAUAUCUAUCCCCCUGGAAGUCAAAAGGAAGAUCUGAAAUGAUUCCUGGUUUGAAGAAAUAACAAAAAUUAAGUAAACAGAAAUUAAAACCUGUAUAGAAACGGUCAACAUUAUUAGCCAGACACAAAUGUGUUUGGAGGGAUAAGUGGGAGACUAGUGAUCAGCCUCGGGUCUCUCCAAGGUCACAGGUCUUAGAAAACAGAACCUUUUCCCUGAGUCCAUUUUGGACCUGGCUGGUGCUGUGGCUUCAGCAGGUGUCUGACAUAGGGACAAAGGCGUAGAGUUAGAAUAUAACCUCCUUCCCAACCUUCCUAUAGUAAUAGGUGGGAAAGCAUAGUAGAAGAUAAUGGAAUGUUGUAGAAUGUGGAGGGAUGUAAAAUGGGCAGUAUUAGGAGAGGGAAGCUCAGAGUACAGGAGAGUGAGGGCAUCCGAAACAGUCUUGUGCUGGGGUCUGGGUGGCCAAGCACAGGCAGAUGUCUGUAGCUCCAACAAGGCCGUGGCUCUGUGUCCUUGAGCGAGCACAGCCCGAUCCAGCCAAGUUUCAAAGGCAAGUGGGAAUACGGGGGUAAUGCCAGAGGAAGUCUGCUCAAGGUGUGGGGCUGGGGGGUGAGGGAAACCAGAGAUUAGGGAGGAAGAAUGCUGGACUCCAAUGAGAUACAGCUCAGAAGCCCAUACCUCCACAAAGAAGGAUCAGGCCACAUGCUGUCCCAAGGCAGCUGGAAGGUGAGGCCAGAGGAGGCCACUUCUCUGGGCAAGUGGCAAUAACAAGGCAGGGGAAUUGAACUACACAGAGCCUUCAGGUACAAAUGUUUCUCCUGCCUAAACUCAGGUGCUAAACGAACAACAAAAUGAGAACCUCUACUAUGAACACUUUUCAAUGAUAGAUAUGCGAGGCCAUUACAUUCCUGGGAAUGACACCAAGGGGUGCCAUGACAGACAAAUUAGUGGGCCAGUCCCACUCAGAUCCAAUAAGGAAACUUAAUAUUCCUUCGGCCCAUUUUAGAUUUUGGCAAAGCCAGACCUCGUACUCAGAGCUUGCUUGGCUCUAUCCUCCAUAUCAUCCAGAAGAUACAGUUAUUACAGAAAGCAAAAUUGGGGUGCCUGGGUGGCUCAGUCAGUUAAGCGUCCGAUGUCGGCUCAGGUCAUGAUCUCACGGUUUUUGAGUUCGAGCCCCGUAUUGGGCUCUCUGCUGUCAGUGUGGAGCCUGCUUCGGAUCCUCUGGUCCCCUCUCUCCCUGCCCCUCCCCUGCUGAGUCUCUCACUUUCUCUCAAAAUAAAUAAAAAAAAUAAAUAAAAUUAAAAAAAAAAGGAAUGCAAAAUUGAGAAGCCAAUACAUUGGUGUGUAUUAAUUCAUGUAAACUUUGGAUAUUAGCACAGAAAUGUUUAUAACUAGAAAUUACCGAAUUCUCUGUGUUUGUCUGUUGUGGAAAUAAAACCCCCUGGGGAUGGAUGAAAAAUAUCUGGAAAUUACUUGAAACCGGUGGAUAACUAAAUGGAUGUUACAACUAAAAUGUGCUAUAAUCCAACUGUAUUUUUUUGUCUUCUAAGGGUUGGCUUUGGCAAGCACCGUGCAGUGAAUAUGCAAAAAAAAUUACAUAAAGCCCCAAAAGCUGUUCUAUGUAAACUUCCUGAGUGGGGGAUUUUUGACCAUAAUCUUUGGUAUAUUAACUCUGAUAAUUCUGUAUGUUAAUUGAUUUCAUGUUCUGACGUUUUGACUGGUUUGGGGAAAACUGAAUUGUCCCAAAGUUGAACCCAGAGUUGUGCUGGUAAAUGUUUAACAGCUGGCUCUUUGGGUGGAAAGCCCUGAUUUGCAGCGUUUGCCAAUUUCCGUGGCAGAAAUAUGUCCACCAUGGCUGAUUGCAAGCCAUGCGCGUGAUGUCACUGAAUGCAGAAUCGGGAGCCAUGUAUACCGCCGACCCUUGUAAGUUGGCGUAGGCCACUGUAUGUACCCAAGGGCGUAUGUGAAACUGCAGUUUUUUACUAAAACUUCUGCCCCAUAGAUAGACAAAGGCACUAGUGAAAGAAAAAAUAUAUAAAGGGAAAAUAAAAUAAAUUCAAGUUGGGAGCUCAAAUGGUGAUUAUUGACAGUGGAUUUCUUUUUAAGAAGCGGUAUUUGUGUAUCUUCCGCAUUUUAUUAUCUUUUAUUAUGCGAACGGGGUAUCGAUGUAUCACACUGAGUGUUCGGAACUCUGCUUCAUUGGUGUUCUCCUAGACAAAGGCUAGGGCUUCUUCCCUUCCAGAUGUCGGUGUGAAGUCAAUAUGACCCAAGAAGCAAUGGCACUUGCUUACCGUGAAGCCAGUUUCGGGGCGGCUGAGCUGAGGUUCAAGACAGAAGAAAAAAUAUGGAGCCUUCUGAACUUGGGGGAGACAACGCAAUUUAGACCCAUGGUUUGGUAUGAGAAUGUGGUGGGUUUUGAAAAAAUUAAUAUUGAUGAGGGGCGCCUGGGUGGCUCAGUCGGUUGAGUGUCUGACUUCGGCUCAAGUCGAUCUCGCGGUUCGUGAGUUCAAGCCCCACAUUGGGCUGUGUGUUGACAGCUCGGAGCCUGGAGCCUGCUUCGGAUUCUGUGUCUCCCUCUCUCUCUCUCUGUCCCUCCCCCACUGGCUCGCUCUCUCUCUCUUUCUCAAAAAUAAGUAAACAUUAAAAAAUUAAAAAAAAUUAAAUUACGUUGAUAGUAAUACAAACAAGGAAAAUUAGUUGUUGAACAAAUGAAAUGGAUUAAUAAACUCUUCUGUAAGGGCAGGGCAAGAAGAACUUAUUAAAAUAGAGGUGAACUGGAAAUCUCAAUAAGAAUGAUAAGCAUUUUUUAAGGGAGGCUUUAUCUGUUUUGUCCCUACAGUGAUUCACGCUGUUGGACAUUUUUGCUAUCAUCCUGCCAAAUUCCAGUGAGGAUGUGGAAGAAGCUUAUUUGUAAAGCUAGAGCCUGUGGCUUCUAAAGCUAUUCUCCAGUGAAAAAAACAAAUGCCCUUGGAGGAUAGUUGAUUUCAUAUUUCUGGGCAGGGAAAAAAAUCAGGAUUAGUUUGCGGCUCCUGGAUGUUGAAAGAAAACAAGGUUGCCUCAGGGUAUCAGAGAACUGUAGUCCAUAAUGAUGUAAAAUACAUAAAUAAAUAAAAAAGAUAAAACAGAACUGGCUGAGAAACAUA